AUGAUGUGCAUCAAACAUGUCUUGAUCUAUUUCCUCGUCCUUCCCAUACCGGCCGCCUCGCCGGUCUUUCUGCUCCUCUUCGUAGCAUCAGCUUUCAUAGCUAUCAAGCCUUGUGGGUAUUGUUUGUCACUGCUCGCCAUCCUGUUUCUCUCCACUUCACCUCAAUCGCCUUUCCUCCACCCAUCCCUAAACUCAUCUUCUACCUCCUCCCGAAAUUCAACCAGUAUCUACGACCUACCUCUCAGCGCACCCUCACCCAAUCGAACAUGGCUGAACUUGAAUGAAGGUCGAUACUCCUCUCCUAAUUUGGUGGGAUACCAAUUCAUGGAUAAAGCUAUCACCCCGCAACGAUCAGCUGAAAGCGGCAUCAGCUUAUGGAAGAGGAUCUUCGCUUGGGAUCUAGGACAUUCGAUAAAACCCCAAUCACCUUUGGAAAGAGAAAUAACGGGGAAUCUGAUUUUGGAUAGAAUCAUACAACCUUACCUUCGACCUUCACCCUCACCCUCAGCAGCGGCGUCUAUACCUGCAGGAGAAGUCGAGCAGAUACAGUGGAACAAGAGAGAAUUACCCAGGAAUUAUAUCGAUCUUAGUUGGAAAGGCAUUGGGUUCAUCGUUGAUUUCAAUAUGAAGAGGUCGAAUGAAGGGAUUGAAUGGGAGGUUGAAGAAGUACUGGGCAAAGAAUGGGUGAGGCCCACGAGGGAAGAUGAAUUGAGAAAGGCGGAAGUGGUAACGCAUCAAGAGCAGGAAAAGGAGGAGGUUGAUAAACAGAAGGGAAAUGUGAAAGAAGAUACGAGAAAAAUACAAGGCGACAAAAAGAAAUUCUGGAAGAGAAUACCGUUGGUCGGAAGUAAUUGGUAG